CCUAAGUAAUCUUUCCAUUGAGAAACCUUCAGCAGCAUCCCGCCAUCGAUUAUUUGCCUGCUGCUUGGUUACAUCUCCAUUCAGUUGUGCAAUCUGCUGUUAGUUGCCUGCUCCUUCGGCCGCCCGCGCAAACACUUCAAUUGCUCUCUUCACACUUAGUACACACGCACCCACGUGCAACAACACGCGACAAGCGACUGAAGGGCGGACGAAAGUCAGCAUUAUCCCGACGACAGACAACAAAUCAACAAGAUGGCGCCACGGCCGUCAGGAGCGCGGCGCAGUCUGUUCCCCGAGCCAGAGCAUGUGUACGAGUUGGGAGUUGCUGGCCGCAAAACCGGUGUCACCCUAAAAGACUCGGGCAUCCGCGACGAACAUGGCAUGCAACCCCUUGAGGACCUCUUUUCCUCUCCCCACAAGCCGACCGAGGACCGCGAUGAAGACGAAGGCGAAGACGACGAAGACGGCGGCGCCUCGGAGGAUGGUAGGGCAGAUAGCGAGGACAUGGACAUCACCACAACCUCCGGCAUCGCCCCAGCAGCUCUCCUUAACGGCAACGCCAGCCGACUUCCCCUCCCCGUCAGCCGCACCAACCGAUCCCCGGUCAAGGUUGUCGUCAACUCGCCCGCGCGGAACCGUCUAAUGGCGCGCAGCUCAUCGCCCACUCGCGGAUCCCUUGGCGCCAACAAAGAAAACUACGAUCGCGGUUCCUCUUCCCAGCCUGCAGAAGAUAUCAACACUGCCAGGCGGAGACUGAACUUUGAGGCUCUGAAGGCUGGUGGACGCUCCCUGUCUCAACCGACUACGACGAACGGCGUCAACGGGCUAAAUGGCUAUCACGAUGAAGCGGAGGAAGAGGAGCAAGAAAACACUGCGGUGCCGGAUGAGACUGAUGCGUUCAUUGAGGAGUCUAUGGCCAUGUUGGAGGAUAACGGGGAAGUUGAGGAGGAGCAGCGGGCAGACCAGGAAGAGGAGGAACCAGAGGAAGCUCCCGAAGCUGUGCCUGUGCCCGCCGCCAAGAAGAAGCCUGGAAGGAAACCCAAGGCCAAGGAACCCUCACCAGCACCCGCAGCGGUAAAGCGUGGACGGAAACCUGCUGCGCCCGUAGUAGAAGAGGAGGAGCGGGAAGAAGAGAAAGACGCAGAGGGAGAACCAGAAGAAGUCACGCCCCAGGUUGCUGGAAAGCGAGGAAGGGGAGCCAAGGGCAAGGCCGCAGCCGUGGAAGAACCGGCCCCCGCAGCCAAACCAGGCAGGAAACGGCGCACCGUGGAAGAACCUGCUACCGAUGCUGAAGAGUCCUCCUCCAGUCGCCAACCCAAGCGCCAACGUACCGAGACCGCGCCUGCACCCGCCAAAGGCAGAGGAAGGCCGAGGAAAUCACUCACCCCUGCGCCAGAAGAAGUCAAGGAACCAGAACCAGAACCCGUUCAAGCCGGUCCCUCGCGAUCCAGGGCCGCCAAAGGAAAGGGUAGAGCCCCAACCCCCGCCGCCGAACCCGUCAACGAGAAGGUCACCAAGGCCACCAAGUCCACGAAACCGAAAGGUGGCCGCAAGCGCCAACCCUCUCCCGCACCCGCCGCCGAUGCCGAUACCUCCAUUGCCAUUCCCCGCGGCCCUCCCCUCCCCAAAUCUCGCGGUCUCGUCAUCAACAGGCGCGAAGUCCCCGGCGACAGCAACGCCAUCAUCCGCACCCGUUCCGGUCGCCACUCCUUCAAGCCCCUCGCUUACUGGCGCAACGAGCACGUCGACUACGAAUACGAGGAAGACGAAUUCGUCGCCGACCACGCUCCCAAGGCCUCCAAGGGAUCUAGUGCCGGGGAGGUGGCGCGCAAGAGGAAAUUCGUUCUGCCCACCAUCAAAGAAGUCGUGCGCGUGGAAGAAGAAGUCGUGGAUUUCUCUCGCAGCCGUGGCCGGGGUACCAAGCGCGGUGGCAACAAUGCUGCCGCUGGUGGCACCUCCCGCCGGGCCCAAAGAGACGAAGACCCUUCCCCUCCAGAACCCUGGGAACUCAACCCCGGCAUUCUCGGAGGCGAUGUCGUCACCUGGUACCCGCAACACGAGUUCCACCCGCCCGCGUUGGACGACGAGGUCGAAGUGCAGGAGAAGCAGCUCGCUAUUUCGGGCCGAGCCAUUCGCACGCAGAAAGUCAAGGACGCGGCGUUUAGGUAUGCCAAGACGGUCAACGAAGGCUUCUUUGGCGCGGGCGUGGUGGAUCUGCCCCCCGGAGCGGUCAAGAGGCCCAAGAACUCACGUAAAAUGUUUAUGACCUUUUUUGUGUAUACGGGGAGAGUGUUGGUGACAGUGAAUGAGACGGUGUUUAGGAUUGGGAAGGGGGGGAUGUGGUUUGUGCCGAGGGGCAACUACUACUCGAUUGAAAACGACUACGACCAGCCUGCUCGCGUCUUCUUCUCGCAAGGGUGCGAGGUGCAGGUUAGGCCAUCCUCGGAGGGCGAGGAAGGUGUCAGUGGGGCAGAAAACUCCAUGUUGGACACAUCUGCUGCCGCUUCUGCUUCUGCUUAGGUGAUGGCAUGUUUGAAUGGAGUCGAAGUAUACAGGGGGAGUGAGUUGUUCGGAUGCUUGAACCUCCCUUGUUUCGCUGUUUUGGGCGUAGUUCAAUCAAGCAAUUGUUGGCUUUCUUUCCUUGUCAUGAUAGUUGCUGGUUACCUACCUUAGCCUGUCGUUCGCUCUACCGGUCGGUCAUCUUGGUCUUUGAGUGUCCGGCAUUUCUUGGGUCCAAUUCUUCGCUUGUUAUUUCGUCUUCUUGUCCGAGUUCCCGGUUUUUCAGGUUGUGCAGUCAUUGGGAAAUCUCAGUGUCACAGAAGUGACAUAAACACACAAAGAUGCUUGCUUGAGUACCUUUCCUACUCCCUGCUAUUCAUUUCCCUGUCGUCAGUGUUCACAAGCCGCGCUGUCAGGUUACUUACCUCUCUGCUCUGCUUCUGCUGAUUGGG